UAUGAAUGAAUUGCCUAGUAAUAUUUUUCCAAAAUUAAUAUCCGAUUGGAAUGUUGAUGAAGAUGAAGAGGAUAAUGAAAAUGGAGAAGAAUCUUUAGAGACAACAACAAAUAAUAAUAGAAAUUUAGAUCAAGAUAAAGAACAGAGCAAUGUGCAGACAAUUGUGGAUAGUGUUGAACGCGAUAAAGAAAGGGCACACUAUCAAUGCACACAUAACAAACUUUUAAGUACUUCACACGUUAGAAGAAUUAAAAAUGAGGCACAAUUGGCUUAUGAGAAGCAAGCCCAAUACCAAGAAGAUAUUCAACUUAGAACUAAAAAUUUAAUUAAACAAUUUAGAAAAAGUAUUAGCAGAAUAGUUGAGAUGCAAUGGGGUUGGAAAAACGAUUAUUUUCUUGGAGCCAACAAACGAUUAAAACAGAUGGUUGGUUGCUAUGCUGAAAUUCCAUUAAUACAUUCUGAUGUAUUCUCUGCAAUUUUUAAUCUCAAGCCUCAGGGUGAGGAAGAACGGGCCAAUCAAAUGAUACAACUGCUAAAUGAAUCUUUUAUCAAAAAUAAUUUAUCCAAGCAUUAUCAAACAAUAGGGGAAGUGAAAAGAGAAUUUGGUAUUAAAGCCGAUGGAAAAUAUAAAGAAAUAGAAAUGAUGGAAGAAUUACUUAAAAAUAUUAAAAAAUUAUUUUCUGAGGAGACAUUUACUGAACAUUUACCUAACAGAAUUGAAAGAAUAAUGAGUAAAAUACUUAACUUUAUGAGACAAUUCGAAGAAGGAAGUCUUCGACGCAAAGAAUGGGCAGAGAGGAUGAAUACAAGAAAUAUGAGACAUUUUUUUGACGAAGAUUUUUAUGAGAAUUGGUAUAAUUUAAUUGUAAAGGACCUGGAAAAUGGAAUUAUUGGCACAAUCCAAAAAAUUGAACAAUUAAUUCCUCAACUUUACUCAAAUACAGUAAAUGGCACAGCCAUUAUGGCUGGUUCUACAAUACUUUUUGGCAAUGCUAGUUCUAAGAAUCAAGAAAGAUUGGCAAUGUUUAUGGACGAUUUGCUUGAAUGUAUAUUUAAUGACGUCAAAAAUACGAGUGCUCAAAUGCUUAGAGAAUUUCAAGUUUUUCACCAAAAAAUAAAUUAA